AUGAAAAUCUGGACAUCGGAGCAUGUUUUUGAACAUCCUUGGAGUACAGUGGUGAAUGCGGCUUGGCGAAAGUAUCCGAACCCUAUGAAUGGAGCGGUGACGAACAUGGAUGUCAUCAGUCAACAAGUCGACGAAGGCGUUGUGAAGAGCGAACGAAUCAUUCAAUCACAAUUCAGCAUACCUUCUUGGGCAACUAAGUUGACGGGCUUCUCAGGCACCCAGUAUUCACACGAAUACUCAGUGAUCGAUCCAAGCAAGCAGACUAUGUCGCUCACCACAAGAAAUAUGAACGGUGUUUCUUUCCUGAAAGUCGAUGAGAGACUUACUUACGUGCCACACACAACUGAUCCAAAUAAAACCAUCUUGAAGCAAGAAGCUAUCAUUUCCGUCAAACUCCCAGCCUUUGCGGAUUAUUGUGAGAAGACCUUCUUGAGUGUUUACUCAUCCAAUGCAACAAAAGGGCGCUCCGGAAUCGAAUGGGUGAUUGGCCAAUUUCGCAAGGAGUACGAUGAACUGACGAACAAGGUUUCAUCCGAAGUUCACGAAAUGGGCGAGAAAAUGAUGGGAGCGUUUCACAAAGUCAAA